AUGGGGAUGGAGGAGGAGGAGAGCGGCUCCCGGCCCCGAGGGGAGCGAGCCCGGUCGCCCCCCCAGUGGGACUGGGACCACCCGGCCACGCGCCGCCCCCUGGAAGAGCUCUAUUUCCCCCGGCAGGAUCCCGCCUCUUCCCAGGAUAUUCCCAAUUUCUGGGCUUUUUUCCAGCGCCUCCGACGUUUCCAGAGCCGGAACCCCCACCCCCCUGAGCCUUGCCCUGAGGUGGCCACCUCUGGCCCCCUGGACUUGCCCCGUGGCUACCACCCCCGGUACCGCAUCAACCUCUCCCUUCCCAGGCCGGGGAGGGGGGGGGAUUGUGGCAUCCCCCGGGAUCGCCUGGCGGAAUUCCGCGCCGCUUUCCUCCACUACCUGGAUUUCCCCCAAAAACAAAGCUUCGCCAAACUGGCCAAACUCCAACGGGAACGAGCCGCGCUGCCCAUCGCCCGGUACCGGGAGAAGCUGGUGGAGCUGGUGGCCCAGCACCGGGUGGUGGUGGUGGCCGGAGACACCGGCUGCGGCAAAUCCACCCAGGUGCCCCAGUUCCUGCUGGCGGCCGGUUACAGCCACGUGGCCUGUAGCCAGCCCCGCCGCAUCGCCUGCGUGGCGCUGGCCAAGAGGGUGGCCCUGGAGAGCCUGCACCAGUACGGCAGCCAGGUGGGCUACCAGAUCCGCUUCGAGAGCACGCGCUCCCCGGCCACCCGCCUGCUCUUCCUGACGGAGGGGCUGCUCCUGCGUCAGGCCCAGCGGGCGCCCGCGCUGCCCGAGUACCGCGUCCUGGUGGCCGACGAGGUCCACGAGCGGCACCUGCAGGGGGACGUCCUGCUGGGCGUCCUGCGCCGCCUCCUCUCCGCCCGCCCCGACCUCCGCCUGGUCCUCAUGUCGGCCACCAUCAACAUCCCCCUCUUCUCCGGCUACUUCGGGGGGGCCCCGGUGCUGCAGGUCCCGGGGAGGAUCUUCCCCAUCUCGGUCAUCUACCAGCCCAUCCCUAAGGAAGAGGCCCCGGCGGGUGGGAAAUGGGGGAAAGCGGAGCGCCUGGACCCUCUGCCCUACCUGCGGGUGCUUCAGGCCAUCGACCACAAGUACCCCCCGGAGGAGCGGGGGGACCUACUGGUGUUCCUCAGCGGGGUGGCCGAGAUCGGGGCGGUGCAGGAGGCGGCCCAGGCUUAUGCCACCCACACCCAGCGCUGGAUUGUCCUCCCCCUGCACAGCACCCUCUCGGUGGCUGAGCAGGACAAGGUGUUUGACGUCCCCCCUCCCGGCGUCCGUAAGUGCAUCCUCUCCACCAACAUCGCCGAGACCUCGGUGACCAUCGACGGCGUCCGCUUUGUCCUGGAUUCGGGGAAGGUGAAGGAGAUGAGUUACGACCCUCAGGGCAAACUCCAGCGGCUGCAGGAGUUCUGGAUCAGCCGCGCCAGCGCCGAGCAGCGCAAGGGACGCGCCGGCAGGACCGGCCCCGGCGUCUGCUACCGCCUCUACGCCGAAUCCGACUACGACGCCUUCGCCCCUUACCCCGUGCCGGAGAUCCAGCGGGUAGCGCUCGAUUCGCUGGUGCUCCAGUUAAAGAGUAUGGGGCUGGGCGACCCCCGGACCUUCCCUUUUCUGGAGCCCCCACCCUUGUCCAGCCUGGAGACAGCCCUGAGGUACCUGCAGGACCAAGGAGCCCUGGAUGAGGCCGAAGACCUGACGCCCAUCGGGAACCUGCUGGCCCAGCUGCCGGUAGAUGUGGUGGUCGGCAAGAUGCUGGUCCUGGGCACCCUCUUUGGCCUGGCUGAGCCCACCCUGACGGUGGCAGCGGCGCUGAGCGUCCCAUCCCCCUUCCUGAGACCCUCUCACCCCAACCCCGAGUGCGCCACGGCCCGGCGGCCCCUGGAGAGCCCCCACGGUGACCCCCUGACUCUGCUCAACCUCUUCAACGAGUGGGUCCAGGUGAAAUCGGAGCGGAGCGGCAGCUCUCGGAAGUGGUGCCGGAGGCGAGGUUUGGAGGAGCAUCGUCUCUAUGAAGCUGCCAACCUUCGGCGCCAGUUCCAGGAGCUUCUUCGAGACCACCAGCUACUGGAGGAAGAUUCUGGUCGCCCCAGCGACAGCUACAGCCGGCAGAGCCGGCACCGGGAACGCCGGGAACUGCACCGGCUCUGGCGAUCCCACACCGAGACCGAAGGCCGGAAGCGCAAGGUGCUGCGGCUGCAGGACGGAGCCGAUGCCUCCUCCGGCGAGGAGGAGGAUGAUGGUGGUACCCGUGGCAAAGGGGAGCGCAGCAUCGAUAUCCAGGAUGUCAAGUUCAAGCUCCGCCACAACGUGGAGGAGCUCCAGGCCGUCUCCAGCUCGGCCCUCUCCUCCUCGCAGCUCGCCCUGCUCAAACUGGUGCUGUGCCGGGGGCUUUACCCCCAACUGGCCGUCCCUGACCAGUUCAACAGUGGCCGCAAAGACUCCGACCAGAUUUUUCACACCAAAAACAAGCAAGGGGUCGUCCUUCAUCCCACCUGUGUCUUCGCCACCAGCCCAGAGCUGCUCCAUGCCAAGGAGAGACGGGACCGUGGUGGGACUGGAGAGCCCACAGAGGGGCUGAGCUGCCACCACCAGCUCCUGGCCUUUGUCUCGCUGCUGGAGACCAACAAGCCCUACCUGGUGAACUGUGUCCGGGUGCCGGCCCUCCAGGCUCUCCUCCUCUUCUCCCGCUCGCUGGACACCAGUGGGGACUGCGCCCGGCUGGUGGCCGAUGGGUGGCUGGAGGUCACCAUCCCCGACGCGGACUCUGCCCUGCGCCUGCUCUCCACGGCCCUGCAGCUCCGUUCCUCCUGGGAAAAACUCCUUCAUCAGCUGCUGGAAGGUCGAGGAGAGGAACUGGGCCACCAUCCCAGCCCCCGUGACGUGUCCCUGCUCAGCCGGGGGCUACUGGACUUCCUGCAGAUGGAGGUGCCAUAUCGUCUGCGCCAGCUCACGGGGCUGGAGAAACAGAACCUCUAUGUGGGUCCCCAAACGGUGGCGGCUGCUCCCCGGCUCCCAGGGCUCUUCCAGGGGGCAGAGAUGAAGCCUGACGAGGUGAAAGGAGGCCACAGGGUGACGGAUUUUCUCACCUACAACUGUCUGGCCACGGACACGGAUCUCUACAGCGACUGUCUGAGGAGCUUCUGGACCUGUCCCCACUGCGACCUCCACAUGCCCUUCACUCCCCUGGAGCGCAUGUGCCACCAAAGCGCUUGCCGGCCCCCUGAGGCCCCCCUGGAAGAACCCUCAGAAAACUCCUCCAAAACCUCUGCCCUGCACCGAUCCUACCACUGCGACAUCUGCCAGCAGGAUUUCACCUUCACUCCCACCGAAAUCCUCCGCCACAAGAAGCAGCACCAGUAACUGGAGCUUGCUGGGACUCUUGGUGGGAUGCUGGCAUCCUCCCCCAUCCCUCAGGGACCCCCGGAACAGGGAGAAACCCCCCCUAAACUGCUACCUCCAUUGCUCUUGGGCUGAAUUUCUGAGCUUCGAUUCCCACCAACUGACCCUUGUGCAUUGACUUUACUGGAUAAAAAGGAGCUGGAAAUGGGAAUGGCCAUUUCUCUGGGAGCCACCAACUCCACGUCAAACCAUCUCUUCUUUAAUUAGCGCUGGAUGAAGCCUAAUGAGCCAGAAAAAAAUAUAAUCAUGCUCCCAAGGAAAGCUUAAAUGGAAAAAAAAAAAAAAA